CAUGCGCACAUUACCUCUCUCGCUCUCCUUUCCUCAUGGAGCUCGAUAUUGAACGCAAGCGCACUGCUGCUCCCGAAAUGGACGAGGCCGCUGAGAAACGCCGCAAGGUAGAAAGCGAUUUCAAUCUCCACCACUGUCCGCCCUCUAAAGUUCUACACGUGCGCGCCGUGCCGGACGGCAGCACGCAGUACGACAUGAUGGCUGCUGUGCAACAGUUUGGGCCUGUCAGCUACGUGACGUUGAUGCCAAAAGUGCGACAAGCUCUCAUUGAAAUGGAGAGCAUGGAGUCUGCGAUUGCUGUAGUGGAGCAUAACAAGACCAACACUGUGGUAGUAAAAGGCCGUCCUGUGUUUUUCAACUUUUCAAAAAGUCAGAACAUCAAGAGGUUCAGUGAGCCGGGUCCAAGCCUUGAAGGUCAGCAGCCAAAUCAUGUGCUCUUGUUCACCAUUUUUAAUCCACUUUAUCCGAUGACAACUGACGUCAUUCAUAAGAUAUGCUCUCCACAUGCUGUCGUGGUCAGGAUUGUUAUAUUUCACAAGAACGGCGUGCAGGCUAUGGUUGAGUUUCCAACUAUCGAAGAUGCAGCUCGUGUCAAAGAUAAGUUGGAUGGUGCUGAUAUCUAUGCUGGUUGUUGUACACUGAAAAUUGAGUUUUCGAAGUCGCAGACUCUAAAUGUGAGAGUCAACAACGAAGAGACGUGGGACAUCAAUCUUGUCGGUCAAGAAAUGUUCCAACCACCAGUUCCUAUAGGUAAGCCUCCUCUCUUGGAACGUAGUGGUGCAGAACCACUUGUUCUUAAUCCUCCUGGUGCUAUGGCUGCAUAUGGCCAACCACGCCCACCACAGCCGGUUUAUGCCUCUCAAGCCGAUCCAAAUAUUAUGUUUUCUGCCAGACAGCAGCCUGCACGAUAUGCAAAUCCCUAUGGAGACUAUAGUGCUGGAGGGAGUGCAGCGUUUAGUAAUGAGCCAAGGGUGUUGAUGGUGUAUGGGUUACCACCCGAGAUCAACUGUCAUCAUUUGUUUAAUUUGUUUUGUCAAUAUGGAAAUGUGCUAAAGGUCAAGCUCCUAAUGAACAAGCAAGGAACUGCCAUGGUAGAAAUGGACCAUCCACAAGCUGCUACGUCAGCAUUACGUCUUCUCCACAACACUCCACUACCGAAAGGAAGAAUGGAGUUGGGAUACUCGAAGCACAUGUCUAUCAUGAGCAACCCUAACCCUCCACCUUUACCAGAUGGCAGUGCAUCAUACAUUGACUUUACAGGAUCCAGAAACAAUAGAUUCUUGACCGAAGAAGGCAGCAGUAAGAAUCGUGUCAUUGCUCCUACAAAAGUCCUCCACUUCUAUAACGGACCAUCUGAUAUGGACGAGAACUCGAUCACACAGGCAUUCGUUGAUCGUCAAGUUGCUCCUCCGAUUGCAGUGAAGGUGUUCACUCGUGGUGGUGAUAGAGGAGAACGGAGCUCAACUGGAUUGUUGGAGUGGAGAGAAAUAGAAGAAGCAGCUCAUGCUAUGGCCUUAGUGAAUCAUGCUGAGCUUAAGAGUCAGGGUGGUCAAGUGUUCACUGUCAAGUUGGCUUUCUCUCCGUCUCCUCACGCACAAUAACUGAUCACAUGCCAUGACAACAUGAACGGACUCUUUCUUUCACGUUUUGUGUAGUGUAGUGUAGAAGUAAAUGCUUCUUACAAGUCCUUCAAAACUACAGCAGGGUUUGCUUUCGUCAAAGAUUUUGAUGGCAAUAAUGCAUAAGAUUUUGAUCUUA